GUAGAGGCAGAGUUCGCAAGUAGAGAACUGGCGAACUAUGAAAGGAAUGUGAAUAGAGCUAUUCAUAAAUACAAUGCUUACAGGAAAGCAGCAUCUGUAAUAUCCAAAUACCCUAGCAAGAUAAAAAGUGGGUCUGAAGCAAGAAAAUUGGAUGGUGUAGGAGCUAAAAUUGCUGAAAAGAUUGAUGAAUUUUUAUCUACUGGAAAAUUACGUAAGCUAGAAAAGAUUCGACAAGAUGACACAAGCUCUUCUAUCAAUUUACUGACCAGAGUUAGCGGCAUAGGUCCUGCUGCUGCCAGGAAACUAGUGGAUGAAGGCAUUAAAACAUUGGAAGACCUAAAGAAAAAUGAACAUAAAUUGAACCACCAUCAACAAAUUGGAUUAAAGUACUUCAAAGACUUUGAAAAAAGAAUUCCUAGAAAGGAGAUGCUUGAAAUGCAGGAAAUUGUAUUCAGUGAAGUGAAGAAAGUAGACCCUGCAUACAUUGCUACCGUUUGUGGCAGUUUUCGCCGAGGUGCAGAAUCCAGUGGAGAUAUGGAUAUCCUGCUGACACACCCAGACUUCACUUCAGAAUCUGCCAAAAAGCCAAAGCUUUUGCAUCAAGUUGUGGAGCAGCUGGAAAGCAUCCACUUUGUUACAGACACACUGUCAAAGGGAGAAACCAAAUUCAUGGGAGUAUGUCAACUCCCAAGCAGAGAUGAUGACACUGUCUGUCCUUACAGGAGAAUUGAUAUCAGAUUGAUUCCCAAGGAUCAGUAUUACUGCGGAGUCCUGUACUUCACUGGAAGUGACCUCUUCAAUAAGAACAUGCGGGCCCACGCCUUGGAGAUGGGCUUCACUCUCAAUGAGUACACAAUCCGGCCUCUCGGCAUCACUGGAAUUGCGGGAGAGCCACUCCCUGUGGACUGCGAGAAGGACAUCUUUGACUACAUCCAGUGGCAGUAUCGGGAGCCGAGAGAGCGGAGUGAAUAGUCUGCCCCCCCCCCGACACCAGGCCCUGGAAGGCGCUUUCCAUGGCGGACGUGGCAAGCUGGCCUGGGAUUAUACUUGACUGCUUGGUCCUGUUGUGAAAAAUCUGUGGCUGAGGUGGGGGGAACACAGGGCUCUUUUAAACCUGCUUCAAGUGUGCAAGCAGAAUAUGCACCGUAACCAAUAAACAUGAAACGCUA